AUGAUGCAAACAUGUCACUAAGAAAUUGACAAACUAGUGAAAUUAUUUGUCCUCUCUAUAACUCCUAACAUUAAUCGACCUUAUUUUUACACUUGAUCUCUGAUAACAGUCUUUCCAACCUCAUUUCAAACCGAACAAACCGUAGAUCGCUCAAAACUUGUAUUCUUGCACAUCAAACGUCUAAACUCCAAUCACUUGUACCAGUAUUCGAUGGCUUCACUACCGCAACGACCCAGAAAAUGGAGAUUGAUGACGAUGCUUUUGCAAGUGGUUGGGCAUAUAUGGACGUGCAAUCUUAGCUAGAUAGCUAGAAACACAAACACACACACGAGUUCUGAAUUGGUCUUUGGAAACCACAUGAUUUUUGUUCCAUGUGUAUAGCUAGCCAGCCAAGCCACAGCACAUACAUGCCAAAAUUCAUAUUGGGCUCCAUAUUACAUAUGGUGCAUUAUAACAGUACUAUAACGUGUUUUUAUGUCACUAAUGACCUCAUGAUUACCAUUUUCACUGGGUUAAUUGGCGGGUUGGGUUCGGGUUUUGCCAGUACAUAGAAACAUAUUUGUACACGAAAAAAUUCUGAUAAUAUUAUGAUGUGGGUAUUUAAAGUGUGAUUAUGUUCAUAAACUAAUGAGUACUCAUGGAUACAUUGUGAUAAUAUUAUGAUGUGGCUAUUUUGAAAAAAUAAAAUGUGAUUAUGUUCAUAUGGUAAGAACGGAAUUAAAUCGAGUGGCUCAGAUAAUAAUAAAAAAAUCGCGACAUCUAAAUAAUAGAAGAGUGGAUUGUUAUGGAAAGGGGAGAAAAUGUCCAAAAUAAAGGGGAGGCACCGCAAAACAAAGACGAAGUGGGACCCGCCCUAGUUGUACCUUGACGUGUCAUUUUCUACCCUUCUUAUAUUAAACGCGCCAUUAGCUAUUUAGCAUUAGCCUUAGCUUAGAGGCACUCCUCCACCGCCCUCCACCGCCUCCCCGGUGGCCGCCGGUGGGUCCUCCAUUCUAUGUACAUCUUUCUUCCGAUCAACUACUCUCUCCCUCUCCACCUCCCGUCCGGCCCUCCGAAGAAGCAGACGAAUAUUACCUAUGACGUGUAUACACAUUCACAUAUGAAAAAAAAAAGGUUAGGUUAAUUAGUUAUCUUUCACCGCGUCACACAGUACCCAAUUGAUGCAUUACAAUUGUAGACGCGAGGCGUUAUUUUAUUUUGAAGAAUACUAUACAUUGAUCGACUACUUUGUGUGUCCUUAACUCAAUUGAUAUUACAAUAUUCCAGCCAUGAUCGAUCGACCAAGAUUUACCUUCGACGAAUGAAACAUUAAUUGUCGCCAAAGAAAAGACGAGAAGUGGGGGAAAAAAACACGGUUGAAAUUCUGGGGGUGUGAGCCAGCCAGCAGCUCGAGUCACUGCGUGUGAUGUGGUGAAGAGUGAGUCAAGUGAGCGAGUUAGUCGAGUCAAUCGGUUUUAUGCAAAAAGGAAAAGAAGAGAAAGAAAGAAGAAAAAAAACUAAUUAAUAAUAUCAACAAAAAUCCUCCUCUUCAUUCAUCCCUUCCUUCCCUUUCUUCAUCUCCACAACCACAGACAACACCGCCUCCUACUUCUAUAUAUCCAUCCAUCCCCAUAAACCCAACAAAGAACAAGAAACAAGAAUCCCCGAGCGAGUGACCUGAGCCGAGCCGAGCCGAGAGAGAAGCAAGAGCAUGAUCAGCAGAGAUGAGGAGGAGAAGAGCAGCGAGGCGGCAGGAGAAGGAGGAAGCAACAAUAGCAGCAGUACUGGCGGUGGAAGCAAGGAACAGCAGCUGGCAGUUGUUGUUGGUGGUGGUGAUGAUCACGAGCACGACAUGGUGAUGCCGGGGUUUCGAUUCCACCCGACGGAGGAAGAGCUGGUGGAGUUCUACCUUCGCCGUAAGGUGGAGGGCAAGCGCUUCAACGUCGACCUCAUUACUUCCCUCGACCUUUACCGCUACGACCCUUGGCAGCUCCCAGCGAUGGCGGCGAUAGGGGAGAAGGAGUGGUUCUUCUACGUGCCGAGGGACAGGAAGUACCGAAACGGGGACCGGCCGAACCGGGUUACGGCGUCCGGUUACUGGAAGGCGACGGGGGCGGACCGGAUGAUCCGGACCGAGGGAUCGAGGUCGUCCAUCGGGCUGAAGAAGACGCUGGUGUUCUACUCCGGCAAGGCGCCGAAAGGGAUAAGAACAAGCUGGAUCAUGAACGAGUAUCGCCUCCCGCACCACGACACCCAGCGCUACCACAAGACGACGGAGAUAUCGCUUUGCCGAGUAUACAAGAGACCAGGAGUCGAAGAUCACCACGGUGGCGGCGCUUCUCUCCCACGCUCACUUCCUUCAACCAGGACGCCUCACCACCACCACCACCACCAUCAACAACACCGCCAACAACAUCCACAACUACAACAACCUUCAUCACAAUACCCACAUCUCAACCUCCAGCAGCCCUUCACCUCCUCCUCCUUCGCCGCCGCAACAUCCCUUCACCACCACCACCACCACGAACCACCGCCGCCAAAUGAAGUAGUGGACGAGCAGUUCUUGAUCCUCAGCGGCGGCGGGGGAAGUGACACUAACAACAGCAACAUUAAUAAUAGUAAUAGUAACGCCGGUCUAAUUAGUUCUCUAGAUGAUCUGCACCGGCUGGUGAACUUCCAGCAACAACAGCAACAGCAAAUGAUGUUCCUCCCUCCACAUCAGCAGCAGCAGCAGAUGGGGGUGAACCAAAUCGUGCUCCCGACGCCGAGCUUCAGCAACGGCAGGUCGCCGUUGCAGAUAUGGGAGUGGAAUAAUAACGUCUCCGUAUCUCAGCGGGCUGGUGAUGAUCAUGACGAUCAUCAAGCUAAUGAUAAUAUUAAGUGGGAUUAAACUGAGCUAAUAUGUAGAUUCUCACGUGUACGUGCAUGAUGAUGAUAAACCCUAAUGCUGUAUGAUUAUGUAAUAUGUACCAGUAAUCAGUCGAUUCUUGAUUAUGGUCAAUAAUUUUGUAGCUUUAUAUGGGGUUAGGGCUUAUCAGUUUAUAUAUAAUCUAAGCCGUAUCUAUAUGUAAUUAAUGUACGUACGGGGAAUAACAACAGAAGCACAGUGAUUCAAAAUGCAUUGCGCGUGCACUUCUUAACGCUCGCCCUUAAAUGAAAGUCAACUUGUUAGCUUGAAGUUUGCAAGCAAUUGAUCCCAAUAAUUCGAGCUAUUGGGAGAAGUUAUUAUGGAUCUUAUAUCAAUAUUUACUAGUGAAGCUCUCGCAUUUAAGGUGUGAGUUUUACCCUGCGUACCCUGUUUGCAUCCACGUGAGAAUCAACGCGAGAGAGGAAGGAUAAUGCCAAUUCAAAUCAACGCGGCUCCUCUACUCCCUCCUCUCGCCUAAAAUUCUCCUGUAUUUUGAGCCAUAACAGUAUCCACAUCAAUGCAAUUGCAAAAAUUAAUGACAAUUGUUGCUUUUUUGCCCGCUCAAUAAUUAUGCAAUCCAACUCAUUUAAAUGUAAUUGAACCUACAUCAAUGCAAUUCAUUGCAAUUGCAAUAAAAAAAAACAUCUAAAAUAUAUUUUAUAUUAUUCAAAUAACAUUAGUAAAUAAGAAGAAAAAGUAGUCAAACCCCACUAGCUAGACACGUUUAAUUGCAUAUGGGCUUUCACUAUAUGAAACCUUGCAUAUUUGCAAGCACUUCACACAUCAGUAAAAUUCAUUUUGCAAUUGCAACAGCACAUCCGCGUCAUAAUGAAAGUAGAAAAUGGUAACUGAUGCAAGUGCACUAAGAGCAUCCACAUCAAUGCAAUUCCCAAGUUAAUUACAUAUAAUUUUUUGAUUAUCAUCUCAAAUUUUAUGCAAUCCAACUCACUUUUAUUUCAUUGCACCUACAUCAAUGCAAUUCACUUGCAAUUGCAUAUAUGAUAGUUUAAAUAAUGAUAUAAUAAAAGAUAAAAAAUUAAGAGAGAGAGAAAUAAAUGAUUGCUUUUUUUUAUUUUCCUAUUUGGCUUGCAUAUUCAAUUUCAUUUAAUGCAAACUUGCAUUUUUAGCUUGCAAGUGCCCACUACAUUGGUGCAAUCCGCUUUGCAAUUGCAUUUUGACUGUCAUGUAGGAUUUGCAAUUGAGCAAAUAUCAUUGAUGUGGAUGCUCUAAGAACGCAAAUUUGCCGAGACGGUGAAGGUUUGGGAGUUGUAGAUCCUAUGUUCGAAUCCAAGCGAGGCCCGUUGGUGGCCUCCAUGUUUAGUAGGUCUCGCUAUCACAAAGUGGCAUGUUUAGCAGCUACCCAAUUCAGUUGGCUUUCCUUCUGUUUUGUUUCUCGUCGACUUAAUAGGGCCGCCCAUCUUGUGGCACAUAAAGCCCUUUCAUUGGGAGUUCGACUAUUGGUCGACUCCCUCGCUUUACUUGACUCCUCUAUUUGACUAUCUUGUUACCCCUACUCUUGAGGGGGAAAAAAAUUAUUUCUUAUAUAAUUUUUACAUAAAUAUGUUGGGCUCGAGGGCCUUUAAAAAUGGGCCAAAGAUUUGGGGAUGAGUGGGCUGGAGCUGCAGUCUGCGACCCAACACUGCAGAAAGAACGGAACCUAAGAGUGAAGGUUUGACAGGCAGUGAAUCAGUGAUACCACGGAUAGGAUUCGAUUAGUGUUAAAUGACCAAAAUUCUACCCAGAGUUCAUAAGUUGUGGGUGUAAUAAGUUUCGUUUACUGGC